AUGGCGCAUCGCGACCACUACGCACCUCACCUCAAGCGCGCCUUCAAUGGAUACUACACGCGCGUUCAGCUUGCAGACGGUGCGACCCUUGCCGGCAUAUUUUGCUGGGUGCGCAAGGCCCCGGAGCGCAAGAAUCUCGUCCUCGUCUGCUACACGCCCUGUGUCCGAUUGCCCACCGCGCCCCCAUCGCAAGCCCCCUCAACUGCCACGCUCGCAGGCUCAAGCACGGGAAACACGACGCUGCUCGGGGACACGACCUCCAGUCUCCCGUACCCAUGCGCGGACCCGCGCGCAUUCAAGUACGAGUUUUACCCCGAGAACUUCGAACUGACCGUCGGGCCCAUGCACCAUCCGCACGCCAGCUUCACCAUCAGCGCGCCCGGGGUGGGCCACAUGAAGGUCACCGUGAACGAGGUCGAGUACUGCAUCUCCGUCCCGGACCGCAACCUGCACGUCCACCUCACGCUCGACGCGCAUGUCCCCUGGGACCCCGCGAAGCCGCGGCGCGGGCCGAUGGGGCGCAUCUUGCACUUGUCGUCGCUGCUCCCGCUGAACUGGCAUGUGCGCUCGACGGCAUCGCGCGCGACAUACGCGGUGGCGCACCAUGGGAAUAAGGUGCGGGGCAUCGGCUUGGCGCAUGUGGAGAACAACUGGGGGGACUCAUUCCCCACUGGGUGGAUUUGGGCUCAGGUGUUCGACGCGCAGCCCCAUGUAGACGCGAGCGGGAGCGUCUACGCGCCGAUUGACAGUGAAGACGUCGCAGGGGAGCCAGGAGAGGACGAAGGCACACGAUCGUUCGCCAUGGCGGGAGGGCAGGCAUUCAUGGGCGUGCAGGCGUACCUGGUAGGUUACCACUCACUGAAAUGCAACUGGGACUUCCGCCCGCCCGUUGCGAUGGGCCUCGGGAGGCUCUCGCCCUUCAUGCACGUCAGGCACGACAGCCGAAGCGGGGCAGUCGAGAUCUGGCUCAGGACUUGGAGACGUUGCUUGGAGGUCGCGAUCGAGGCGCCCCCAGAGACGUUCAUUGGGAUGUCGGCGCCCUUGCCCAAGGGUCACGAACCGGGCUUUGCGCGGGAGAGCUUCCAGGCGACCGUACGUGUGAAGGCGGAGAGAUGGCGGUGGCCGUGGUCGCAGUGGGAGGUCGUUGAUGAGGUCAUGCUCGGACGCACAGCAGAUGGUCUGAGCUGCGGGGCUCUCGAGUUCGGAGGUGCCUUCUACAAGGUUGGCGAGGAUGUCGUGUAG